GAGCAUUUCGUGUUUUUUUUUUUAAUUAUCAGAAGCCGCUUCUUUUCUUCUCUGUUUGUUAUCUCUAUCAAUUUUCUUUUUCACUUUCUCGGAAAAUAAAAGAAAGCAGAGAGAUUUUCCGGGAAAAUUCCACGAGAUUUCUCAAUACUGAAAUGUGUUGAAGUUUUUGUUGAAGACAGCCUUUGAUUUUGUGUUUGUUUUGUGUGAUUGGUUCUCUGAAAUCACUGUGUGUGUGGAGCUGAGAGAUACAUUUCAAGAGGUUUGAAGGGGUUUCCAGAAGGAUUUGAAGUGGAUUUGGCUUUGAUUUCCGAGCUGUUCGUUAAGAUUUGCUUGAUUCAUUGCAGAUUAGAGAGAGAAUGAUUGUUCAGAGGUACAUUUCUGGGAGAUAUUGAAGCAAUUUUUUAACGACAUCUGAACUACAGAGAUCAGUUUCUGGGUUUGAAAGAUCGGAAUAUAAACGAAUUCCGACCAUUCAAGCUUUGAAAUGUCGUCAUUUUCUUAGAAAUCAACUAUAAAUUUCUAUAUCCACAAUCUCAAGACUCGAAAAUCGAAGCUUUGGUUGAAUUCACGGUGUUGUGGUGGCAAAUCUGCUAUCAAUUCCAAAAAACUGAAGAGAAAUUCAAACUAAAAAAGGUUUGCUAUAGGAGAGGAAAAAAGAGUGAUGGAGAAGAAUAAUUAUAACCACCCCCACAACAAUCGAGAAAGACUAGGAGUAUUAGGUGGUGGUGGUGGAGAUCAUGGAUUGUUGAGGUCCAUAACACAUCCGCCGGAGACACGAUCGUCGGCGACGGCGGCGGCCACCACGACGUCGUCGGACUUUGUUUUGCAGUGGGGGAACCGGAAGCGGCUCAGGUGCAUGAAGAUGCAGGCCAAGGACCGCAACGCCGACUCGGCGUCUGCGGCGGUUCACCGAACCACGGUUCGAGUGGACCGCCGGGUCGUCAGAUCUGAUACCAAUAAUGAUGCUGCUUCCCAUCAACCGUUGUCGACAACGACGGCAAUUAAUGGGAAUGGUUAUUUGAAUCUCCGGCAACGCUCUUCGUCGCCUUCUCAUCGCAUUCUGAGGAAUUCAGAUAGUUCGAUUGCUAUGAAGUGCCACAGCAACGGUGCGAGGGGGUUGUCCUCUCCUGACAGGGGGGUUGCGCAGGAUAAGAGAGGUGCGCAUCAUAACACCACCACCAACCACCACCUUAUUAAUCCUAGUGCUGCUAAUAAUGAUAAUAAUGGCGGUGGUGGGGGGUCGGGGUCGUCGGAGACGGCGCACGAUAGCAAGAAAGGAGGAGGAGGGACGUCGUCGGGGGGAAGCGAUGCGAUCCCGGCGGUGUGGCCACCGAAGUUUGUGAUCGCGCUGACGAACAAGGAGAAAGAGGAGGAUUUCAUUGCGUUCAAAGGAUCAAAGCUGCCUCAGAGACCCAAGAAGAGAGCCAAGUUCAUUCAACGCACCCUCAAUUUGGUAAGCCCCGGUGCGUGGCUAUGUGAUCUGACCCUAGAGCGAUACGAGGUCAGAGAGAAAAAGAUCACCAAGAAGCAGAGACCAAGAGGGCUAAAGGCUAUGGGUAACAUGGAAUCUGACUCGGAAUAGAAGAAACUGUUGUGGGACAACAAUGGUAGUGUUGUCUGGAUAGAGGUGACAUAUAAGAGAAGACGAUGAAGACGACGGUGAUGAUAGUUUUUAGCUAUUUUUGUAACGAUGUGAUAUUAUUUUGCAUUGAACGUUUGUAUUUUGUGUCACCUUUCAUCUGGAGAAGAAAUGAUUCAGACAAAAUAUAUAGUUCAAUCCCAUACUGAGUACUGUCUCUCUUUCUUCUUUA